CAUCUCCAGCCUCUUCUCUUAACCCAACAACAACAAUGCAGCCUCUCUUUCCACCCCCAUUCUUUGGCCCUUUGCCUCUUCUUCUUCUUCCCUUUGCACCAGUAGUUCUGCUGCUCUUCUUCCUCGUCCAAUGGCGUCAGCCCAGAGACAAACCUCUCCCUCCUGGUUCAAUGGGCUGGCCUUACAUUGGAGAAACUCUCAAGUUCUACACUGAGAAUCCCAAUUCCUUCUUUUCCAACAGGCAAAAACGGUACGGAGAUACAUUCAAGACCCAGAUACUGGGAUGCCCUUGUGUCAUGAUCUCAAGCCCUGAAGCAGCCAAGACUGUUCUAGUGAGCCAUGCCCAUCUCUUUAAGCCAACCUAUCCACCAAGCAAGAUGAAGAUGAUAGGUCCACAUGCUCUAUUUUUCCAUCAAGGGGCUUAUCAUUCCAUGCUCAAGAAGCUGGUCCAAGCCUCCUUUGUUCCAUCUGCAAUCAGAGCAUCAGUCCCUCAGAUUGAGAGAAUUGCUCUGAGUCUUCUUCCAGCUUGGGAGAAGAGCACAGUGAAUGCUUUACAAGAGAUGAAGAGGUAUGCUUUUGAUGUGGCAAUGGUUUCAGCCUUGGGGGAGAAACUGGAGGGCUUGGAGAUGGAGAGAAUCAAAGACUUGUAUUAUAGCCUGGAGAAGGGCUACAAUUCCAUGCCUUUGGAUCUUCCUGGAACUUCCUUCCAUGCGGCAAUGAAGGCAAGGAAGGUUCUGAACGAGAAGCUGAGGAAACUGAUAAAGAGGAGAAGAGAGAGUGGGAGCCAUGGCAGAGGAUUGCUUGGCGUCCUGUUAGGUGCCAGAGAUGAGAAGCUUAACCAUCUUAGUGAUUCUCAAGUUGCCGAUAACAUUAUUGGAGUUAUAUUCGCAGCUCGCGACACUACUGCAAGUGUACUAACAUGGAUUCUCAAGUAUUUGCAUGAUAAUCACCAUCUCUUAGAAGCUGUUACGAAGGAACAGGAAGAAAUUCAACGUAGAAUAGUCGAAUUCAAUCGUGGACUCACAUGGGAUGAUACAAAAUGCAUGGUUUUGACUAGUCGGGUGAUUCAAGAGACGCUAAGAAGAGCUAGCAUUAUCUCAUUUACGUUCAGAGAAGCAGUGCAAGACGUAGAACUGGACGGCUACUUCAUCCCAAGAGGAUGGAAGGUUCUUCCCCUCUUCAGAAGCAUUCAUCACUGUAAAGACUUCUUUCCUGACCCAGAAAUAUUCGACCCUUCCAGAUUCGAGGUGCCACCUAGACCUCAGACGUACAUGCCAUUUGGGAGUGGUGUUCAUUCCUGUCCAGGCAGUGAGCUGGCCAAGCUUGAGAUGCUCCUCUUCCUGCACCACCUCACCACCAAUUACAGGUGGGAAGUUGUCGGAGACGGGGAUGGAAUCCAAUAUGGGCCUUUCCCUGUGCCCAAGCAAGGGUUGCCUAUAAAGGUACAUCGAAAGAUCAAGAAGUGAAUCCAUCCGGCCAACCAAACGUUGUUUCGUGGGAGCCCAAAUUCAGAUUUAUGUGCUUUUCACUGUCAAGAUUGAUAAACAGAGAAUCCUAUGAAUUUAACUUUGUCAGGAUCAUGUUUCAUAUCAUGCAUGUUCUCAGAGAGCAUUGUGUAGCCAGCAAAAGAGAACCAAGAUAAGAAAACAAAACACCCUGACCUUAGAAACCCAAUGGCUUCAAAUGUGGAUGAGGCUGACCCAUGUUUUCUUGUAUUUUUGUGUUGUUUAUCCUGCCCAGAGUUGAUAAACAGUCAUUCUAGAACAGGUCCAGCUAAUACUAUUGAUUUUUAAAGGAACUUGGAUGCUCUG